GAGCUCAUUUGCCUGGCCUUUUGUGCCAGACAAAGAGGGUCUCGAAUCGCUGACUUCUCCUGGUGUGUCUCCCCAUUCAAUAAAAUUACAGUGUCGCUGGCGGAUUGACUUUAGUCACUCUCCGGCGCGAAUUGGAAGCAGACGUUUAUCCGCAGAAAAUAGUGCUCGGUCUGUGUGAAUAUUGUGCGUUUCUGGGAGAGAUUGGUUAAUGCGCGGGUUCGAUUGAUUGGUAAAGAGCGUGAGAAUGAAGUCAGUGAUCAGUAUAAUUGUGUCAUGCUUCCUGGCCGUGGUAGCCAUGGCGGAUGAUGAGCUAACAGGAUCACCGAUGUACUGCCAAGAUCUCAAUCCGCAGAGUCACUUGGAUAUUGAGCAAAUCAUGGGUUUGUGGUAUGGCAGCGAAAUCUACACACACCAUGACAAUGAGGAGCGUGAUCUGGUGUACAAUACCUGCGUGGUGAUCCAUUUGGCAGAAGUAACACACGAAAUUACUACGGAGAGGAGCCCACGACCUGGAGAAUAUGGCUAUGGGAAUACCUACCGCAAUAGAAAUUCCCGCCAAAAUUAUCGCUACCUCAAAUUGAACUGGGAAGAGAAGGAAAAGUUGCUGGAGUACACAAUUCGUCUGAACUCUUCACGCCGAGGCUUCUGGAUCACAUCAGCACCACAUGGCGGGAGUCCAUUUGAGCUGGAGCACGGCAGCUUCAGUGGUACUGUGCAGGUGAUGAAGGCUGUAGGAGAUCAUCUGGUGCUGACUUUCUGCCAGCACUACCCCACUGGAACACUCUUUUCCAUUGUCCUCUCGCGUCGACCCAACACCCUCACGUUCGAGGAUAUCCAGAGUGUGCGAAAUCUCCUGAAACGACGUGGACUACCUACAACAAAUGUGCGGAAAGUGUGUAGAAAUGGUUCGCGGCGCCUCGACGGCGCUCUCAGCAACAGCCUCCUCCUUCUCCUGGCCACCCUACCAGCCCUAACAAAAUUGCUGGCAUUUUAGGCGUCCCCCUACAGCUUGCAACUCGCGCAACUCCACUAAUUCCAUCCAAUUUCGCAUCAACCCAUCUCAUAUGGAAUCCUCAAUUCCACACCAUAAUUUAUAUGUAACUCUGACCCUUUCAUCUCUCCCCCUCGCAAUGUCCCCCCUCGCUCCUAAAUGUGCCGCCUAAUAAAAUCCAAUACAAUUAGUGAGUGUCUUAUGGGCUUCUGAACACGAUGGAAAAUGAUCUUGAGAGAUAAAUAAAGAUAUGUCCAGCGGCCAAAAA